CCGCCGGAAGCCGGAAGCGGCGCGCUGAGCUGACGUGUGGCGGGCGGCUGGUCGGGUGCCGCCAUGGAGACGCUCUAUCACCAGACCAACAAGCAAAUCCAGGAGGUCCAGUCUUAUAUGGGACAUCUGGAAACCUCAGACAAGCAGUCAGUGCACUUGGUAGAAAAUGAGAUUCAGGCAAGAAUAGACAGGAUAUUCAGCAACUUGGAGCGCCUAGAAAUCCUGUCUAGCAAAGAACCUCCUAAUAAGCGGCAGAAUGCCAAACUCCGAGUUGACCAGCUCAAGUAUGAUGUCCAGCACCUGCAGACAGCACUGAGGAACUUCCAGCAUCGCCGUUAUGCCCGGGAACAGCAGGAGAAACAACGGGAGGAACUUCUGGCUCGCACGUUUACCACUAAUGAUUCUGACACCACCAUACCGAUCGACGAAACAUUACAGUUUAACGAAUCCCUCCAGAAUGCCCAUCGUGGCAUGGAUGAUCUUAUUGGCAGUGGGACCAGCAUCCUGCGGGGGCUGAGGGACCAGAGAAUGACACUAAAGGACACUCAUAAGAAGAUCUUAGACGUUGCCAACAUGCUGGGCUUAUCAAACACAGUGAUGCGACUGAUUGAGAAGAGGGCCUUCCAGGACAAAUACUUCAUGAUUGGUGGAAUGCUCUUGACCUGUGUGAUCAUGUUCCUUGUGGUCCAGUACCUGACAUGAGUUGACAGUUCCAACAAAGGAAAUCAUCUUUUGGAACAAGACAGACCACCCUUCAGACUACUGCCUAUUUUACUCUGAGUUUGUUUCUGUAGACAGCAGAAUUUGCUAAGUGACAGUCAAGUCAUACAUGGAUAAGUGAAUAGAGGAACAAACAUGGAUUUGGGAUGUUUAUGACCCCAUAACAAUCUCUCCAGCCUUCAAUGCUGUCACUAUUGCCUGUAUACUUAAGGAUCUGGCUACUUAGGAGACAUCAUGUGUAGUGAAUCUUUUGUCCAGUUCUAAUACUAGAUAUGGUUGUGGUGCCCAUCUUCUGAGGCUGAGGAAGAUGUGGCAUGGCUUUCCCAUCCCUGUGCUGGUCACAAGUGUUCUUCAUGUCUUUCUCAUAUGCAGAAGGCUGUCAAGAAGAGCAAAUGCUACAUGGAUCUGCCCUGCAGAGCAUGCAUGCAGAAAGAGUGCUACAAUGUAAGGUCUUGGGUUCCCCUAUGAAAAUUUGGUCCCUUUACACAAGAGGUGAAGUAGGAGGAUGUCGUUAUCACAGCAUGAACGGUUACUAAUUUUCUUAUUUUGCAAUAAGUGGAUAUAGCUCUUCCUGUCUUAGGCCAAGAUGUUGCUAUUUGUAUGUGGAAAUAGACUCCCAGACUCUUUGGUUUUUGGAAAUGCCUUGGUCAUUUCCAGGUUGAAUUCUUCCCCAUGGAAGUUGAGUGCUGGACUCUAUAGUUUAGUAGAAGACUUUCCAGCAUCUAUUUUAACCUCUACUUUUCCUCUAUUGCCACCCUGUGAUAGCAACUUCUCUUACCCCCAUGCUUUUGUUGGGAGAUGAGACACUGUUGCUUCAGUGGAGCUGAAUCUGUAUAUAGCCAACUGUUUCUGCAUGUUCAGCCUUCAAAAGACUCUGUUUCCAUUGCACAACAUGCCCUGUCAAGUUAUUUGUGUUCUGCUUGUAGCUACUACUGAGACAACAGUGGUUGGAGCUAAGGAGAUGAAUAUAUCACUGUUCCACUGCAGCUGCCUCAUGAUUUUCUGUUCAGGAUUUUUUUUAAACACCUGUGGUCUUUUUGACAUGCAGCUCAAAUGAAUCAAAGGGGUGUAUGGUACUAGGGCAAUGACAGUUUCCUGGGGUUACCUGUCAAGAAUUAGAAAUGUCUCUUUCAUCCUUGGUAGCAAGGCUUACGCUUUGCACUCAUCCUGUAUCUUCUUCAGGUUCAGGAACAUUCUUCAUGAUUUGCCAGUUGAGUUAUAGAAAGCUAGGCACAGUGAUGUUAUAGAGGCAGAAUUCUUCCCCUUUUUAAAUGUUUGAUGUAAUAAAAGUGGCCUCUAUUUUAACCCCAGUAUUCUUUUAUAGAUUGCAAGACUUUUGUCUCUUAGUAUAGUUGUGUCCAAACCUUGGGUGUAACCCACUUUAAAUGGCCUUCAUUGGCAUCCUAAUCCCCAACUUCAUGUGCAAGUCUGGAGCAUGUCCAGGUGUUUUGUAAUAGUGGUGCUAUAAUGUACAGGUAAUUUUGUAAUGUGCUGGGAAACCAUUUAACUUGAUGUAACUGGUGAAAUUGUAUCUUAUUCUUCAAAAUACUGCUUUUCACCUACAAGUCCCACAACAGGGGAUAGUCUUUUCUUUUUAAUUGUAUGGUGUAGAAGUGCAUAGCCUGUUCCGAAUUGGAAGUGGGAUUUCUCCACCCCAAAUUUAAGUCUAAAUUGUCUGGGCAAGCAGACUGGAUAUAUCAGUUUGUGCUAAAGCGCUGCAGCUAGACUGACUAAUCUCAAUAUUGCUUCAUAACUUCUAAGGUCAGAAGGGACCAUUAGAGCAUCUCGUGUAAACCUGUGUAAUACAGAGCAUUAAAUUUCACCCACUUACUCCCAGGUGGAGCCCAGUAACUCAAGUUGACUAAAAAUGUUGCGGUAUUCAAACAAGACUGCUGUGUCAAAGGCCAAAAAAGAAGGCUGAGAUGCUCCUAUAAUAGGGAACUGAUAGGUGAGAUGGAUCUUGGUGAUCCAUGAACAGAGGGGCAAAUUUACUCAGAUGGAGCAUUAUUGGACAUGCAAAAACUGAUCGCAUGCUCAACUGAGUGCUCUCUCUUGUACUUGUCCAACUGUGGAUACAACUACCUUUGAAGUGUAUAGAAUAGCAGCAGCAUUUAUGAUGGAAGCUAAGUCAAGAAGUGGAGAGGGAUUCCUUUUUACUUUACUUUGAAUCUGUUCCUUUGUAUUUGGGACUGGAGUAGUAGCCCUGGAAAUAAAGUCCUUGGAGAUGGAAUUCUCUUACCUCA